GAGGAGGCUGACUGAUCGGCAGAGUAGAGGAGAAAGAGCACGCCUGCGCGGAAUCCCCGGGCGGGCGCGGGCAGUGCCACUGGAGGCCCGGCGGUUUCAGAGCUUCGCCCGGGACGACGAACCGCAGACGACCCGUACGCAAAACUCGGUCGUAGUUAGCCGCGUUGAAGGAUCGUCGGGAAAAAGGGGUCGAAUCACGCGACAACACUGGCCCCCGGUGACGGCUAUCGCGCGCGCCGUCAUUCGGAUUACUCGAGCGUACAAGAAACGGCCGGCCGUUCGGACGCACGUUGGAAAGACGUGUCCACGUCGCGAUAUACAUACGUUCGUAUAAGGUAUACGGUCUAAGAAAGAAUCGGUGCGUAGACGACAGUUGGUCGGGAGACGAUGUGAUCAGUGCGACACCGGUCCGGUGGUGUGUCUCCGUAAUCGGUGCGCGACACAAGAGGGAACGAGGAAAGGACGAGGUGCGAGUAAAUGGUACUAUGCACGAGGUCUGGUAGCAUCGAGCCAAGGAGGAUGAACAGAGUGACGACGGAGGGCUAAGUGUGAGACGGUGCACCGGGCUGGUGUGCUGGUUGUUUUGAGAUGUCAGUGGACCCGUCGGAGACAACCGCGUCGUCGUUCUCCUCGUCGCCGUCGUCGUCGUCGUCGUCCUUCCGCUCAUCUUCGUCAUCAUGAGGAGAUCCUGUUACGUCAACUACUACGUCCUGUGCCUCGUGUGCUGGAUUCUCCUAGGCAUCACCGGGGUGAGCACAAGAUCCCAUUCGUUGGUGAAGAGGUACGACGGGAUUUACAUGGGGCCGUACUUCGAUUCAAACACCCCCACGAAUAUCACGGCUCAGCUGGGAAGUCAUGCUUACUUGCCAUGCAAAGUGCGACAGCUUGGUAAUAAAUCGGUGUCGUGGGUCAGAAGAAGGGACUCGCAUAUCCUCUCGGUAGAUAGAACCAUGUUCAUCCCGGACGAAAGGUUCCAGGCGCUUUUCGUGGACGCGUCGGACACCUGGACCCUGCAGGUGAAGUACGUCCAGGCACGCGACGAAGGCGAGUACGAGUGCCAAAUCUCCACCGAUCCGAAGAAAAGUCACAUCAUCAAGCUCAACAUCGUCGUGCCAAAGAUCGAGAUCAUAGGCGAUCGCGACAUGUACGUGAAGACCGGAAGCACAGUGGCCAUACGAUGCGUGAUCAAGCAGUCCCUCGAAGGUCCCUUCUACGUUUUCUGGUAUCACGAGGGCGACCGUGUUCUGGAUUAUCAGUUGAACAAGAUCGACAUCCAAACUGAGAAAAUAGAUCAUGACACGGUCAGCAGUCUCGUGAUCCACAAAGCGAGGCGAGAGGACUCGGGCAAUUACACCUGCAGCCCAAGCAGUUUGGACAGCGCGAGUGUGCAACUUCACGUGUUGAAUGGCGAACAUCCAGCCGCGAUUCAAAGAGGGAUCAGCUCGGCACCGGGUGGCUGCCCGACGCUCUGGUGGCUGGCUGGCGUCGUGACGCUGUAUUCCAGUCACGGCAGUCGGCUGUUCGUCCUCGCCCUUCUGAUCCUCAUGGUCCUCUAUUCGAAGAAUCCAUCUUACUUCGCGCCGGAGCGAUAAUCAGAAAUCCAGGAGGAAGGCGAUCGAUUAUCUCCUGCUACGAGACCCGGGAAACGCAUCGAGGAACGGUGUCGAGAGAAAAAAAGAAGACGUCUCCGGGAAGACUCGGUGGCACGAUGAAAGAGGCGAAAGGAAGAAUGACGAUCGCAGAAACGCGAGAAGAGAACGCGGCGAGGAAUGAAGAUGGACGCGAUCUUUCUUUGACCAGCGAUUAUCGUUUUAACUUGUUCGGUUAGAUCGAGAACGAUGAAAUUCUCGAAUUUUAUUAGAGACCAUUUUCUAAAUUCUCGAUCUCUCGUUUUAACGGAUACGGACAGGUGAUCGUUCGUCGAGGAAACCGGUGUUUCGAAAGAGGGAUCUUCACAACGAAACGUCGGGUCUGUCUUUUCGGAUGACUCGAUCGAUUUUCCUUCGCGCAGAGAGAAGAUUCGAAUGGGCGAGACAGUGUGAUCCGGCCGUUAGUGAUUAGGGGUUAAUUAAUCGCGAGAGUUCUCGUUAAAUCGGCGAGUGUACUUCGAUAGGAUCGCGAACCGGUCACGGGACCGAAACGGACACGAAGCUUGCGGAUACUUUUUCCUCCUCGCGAACAGUCGACGCGAUGACGGAUUUUUUAUAGCAGCUAUUAUACGAUCUUCCAAGAAACUCGAGCAUAGCGCCUUUUAUAUCCUUCUCAUUCGGGUCAAUCGUUCUGAACAAUCGUUAAACGUCACCGCGACAGGUAAUCAUUGUACAUACACGUGUCUGAUGAUGGCGUCGGUAAACGGACACGGUGUCUCGCAUCGGGGAUACCAGUGUAAUCGCGAGCUAACCUUUCUUAUUCACUUUUUAUCAUCGUCAAAGGUGUUUCGCGAUCUUCGUGUCUUUCGAGAGGAAGCCAAACCAGUUACCAAGUCUUCGUGAUCGAUCGCGAGAUUCCGUCGAGGACGUCGAGAGGGUUUCGUGGUUUCUUUUCCGUCGAGAUUAAUCCCUUGUCUUACAACCUGCAAUUACAUUCACUGUAAUAUACAGAAACCUGCGUUUACACGAGUCAAAUUUACAAAUUCAACGAUUUGUUAACUCAAUCAAUUCUUAAAUUAACUUAAAACAUUCUUCAACUUGUAAACUUGGAGAUAUUUAAUUUUAAAGCUUAAACAUUGCGUAAGAAGACCUACAUGUUGACCACUGUAGUGCAAACUUGGUGGUUUUAUGUAAUUUAUAUUACAAGCAAAUAUGAUGUAAUGAUUUUUGUUAUACUUGUCCACGAGGCAAGGGCUUAACUCGACGUCCUGCAAUUUCGGAAGAAAAGGAGAGUCAGGGUACGCUUUAGGGGUUGUUUAACGAAAAGUAAAACGCGCGACACGAUCGCAAAAUGCCGACAGAACUUCGUCCGCGCCGCUUGAUAGAAUUGAAACUUGUUCGAUGAGAUUCUUGGAAGCGAUGCGAUUAAUUAUAUUCGAAUAGGAAAACGAUUUAGCGAAACGUGUCUGUACUCGACCGUCUACCGUGUACACUCGGGAUCGUCCCGAGAGAGCGACGCAUCUCGACGAUCGUCUAACGAUCGACGAUCUGUCGAAAUGGUCCCAAAUCGCAUGAGGUACGAAACUGUCCUUUCAAUUUUUCCUUCCUUUUAUCGAAACGUUGACACGUUUUGAGACUGUGAAUUUGUUAAACGAUGACGAGAGAGAAGUGGGUCGAAAAGUAUUGCAGAUUUUUUUGAGAGGAAUUUUUUAAAUUAGUGACAGAUAUAGAAAUAUUCGAAUGUGUUCAUUUAAGUUCUAAGGGAGCAGUGACUUUAUAUUUAACACGUUAACACGAUUAAGCAUCUGUAGGUUUGGUGACAUGGGAAUUCGAAAUUUGAGAAUUUGAGGGUUUGAAAAUUCGGGGAAUUAGGAAAAUUUGGAAAUUCAGGAAUGUAAGUAUUUAGACUUGCAAUCUAGGAAUUUAGAUAUUCGAGAAUUUGGAAAUUAGAAAGUUAGAAGAUUUUGAAACGUGAAGGCCAAUAUAGACUCUAAGGUGGUAGAUUGAUUUUAAUCAUUACGUUAAUGCAUGGUAGUUAACGUGUUAAAAAGUUUCUCAAUGUGCAAUUCAUAUCAAAUCACGUGGUUCAUAUCAGUGUUUCUUACAGUUCCUGAAUAUUUCCGUAUUUGAACCAAAUCUCGACGAGAUGACUGACAAGAUCGACUCUAAUCAUCGAAUCAUUGAUUUCUAAGAUCACUGCCUAUAUUAUUGAAUGUCCCAUAAACGCGUCUAACGUGUUUUCUUCUACGAUUUUAUAUUACUAUUUUCUUCUUAUAUUCUUUUUAGAAGAAGAAUAAAAUAAAAAGCCUAAACGUACCGAAUGCCUCGCGACGAUCCACGGUGACAAAUUUUGGUACUUGAAGCGCAUUGAGUAUGAACACGAGCCAAUAAAAUAUGUUAUAUGACCGUUCAUGCGUGUCAAGGUUCAUUACGGGAUGGGUCGAAUCAUUAACGAAUAAACGCUUCUUCGAUGCAAAAUUUAUAUUAAACACCUUCAGUGCCAGAACUCGUUUAAAAUUUCCAAAUUGUGCAUUUCUUGUUCUACAUAAUAUAAUUUAAUAUCUUGUACCGCGUUCCAGUUUGAAUGCGAGCUUCAGCCAUUUUGAAGGCACAGAAAAUGGAACCGUCGCGUGCGUGACCGUGACCUUUUUCAAAGAAUAAAAAUGUUACAAGAUGCUGGUAACGAAGGUGAUAAAAAUACUCGCAAUGAAAAGUUUAAACGAUGCACAUAUAUUUUUAACCCUUUAAAUACCGCGUGCCACUAUAGCGGUUUGAACAAUUUUUUAAAACUACACUACAGUGGCUUUUCACUUUACCUUGCACGACCAUCUGCCCAAUAGUAAUUUCCACUAUUGUUUCCGCCAUUUAUCUGCCGAAUGCCAUUAAUUGCAACAAUGAAACAACAAACAUCAAUUAUGUAGGUAUCAAUAAAGGUAAAGUAAUACGUCCAGCUGUACUGUAAUCAAAGGGUUAAUUAUGUCCUCUAAUUCUCGCUAAACAAGCAUCGAUUUACAUAUAUCGAUUCGUGAUACUCGUUCAGGUGGACCCAGACCGUUUUGUCAUCGUGCAUGUUCGGCUGUAUAAACAGGACAGCUUUUUCGGGUCGCCCAGGGGCGUCCCGUGAAAUUUGCUUUCUUCUCGCAACGCACUAGGAGAUACUGUUUUUUAUAUUAUAUAAAAAUAUAUAAAUAUAUAUAUAUAGAGAAACGAACAGAUAAAAACCAAAGUAUAUAUAUAUGUAUAUGUGUGUGUACGCGCGCGAAAUACGUUGCACAACGGUGUUAAAAAAUAUUGAACAAGUUUCAGCUCGACUCGAAACAGCGGCGUAACAAAUUAUCACGGGAGAACGAGAAGCUACAACCGGGGUCAACAGUUGAAGAGCGAACGAACUUUCACGGGACACACAGCAGGAUAUAAUCGCGACCGAGAACUGUGAAUAACCGUGAAAAGAAAAAUAAAAAGAAGUGACAGAGAAAGGAGACUCGAAGAGGAACGAAGAAGAGGAAGGAGACGGCGUUGAAACAAGACGAACGAUAACGUUAGAAUAUCUACGAUUCAUGUGAUUGUAAAUACAUAGUAUAUAAAUGACGUAACGUUAAUUAACGAUAUGCCGUACGUGUUACAACUAAAGAAACAACCCUAAAAAUUAAACAGAUAAAUAAAUAAAUGAAUAACGUUACUGUGUAAUUUUACGGAUCGUAAACGCAUUCGAAUGGGUCUGGCCGCCCGUGCUAACCGGCUCGAGAUUGUGUUUCAAAUCGACGAUGCGAAUCGUUAAGGUUAUGGGUCUGUCAAUGAUUCAGAUUUCCAGCGACAACCGUUUCUUUUUGCGGGGAGAGUAGGGCUUUACGCGAUUCUGAAGUUUCGAGAUCUUAGAAUAAAAAUAUUUUGCAAUCAUGUGCACGUCUACGAAUUUACAGGCUUACGAAGCUUUUAAUUUAGUAAUCAGAUAUUCUCAAAUUUGCAAACUUUUAAAUUAGCUACUUAGAGACUGUAAAUUCAGAAAUGUAAAAAUUAGAAAUUUAUGGAUUCGGCAAUUCGUGAUGACAAUUUAAAAAUAUGGAAACUACAGUGACCUCGAUCAAUGUUCUCCAAACUUUUUAUCUCGGAACAUAGGACUCGUAGGGCUUUAAAGAGAAAUACUUCCACGUGAAAAAUGUUAUUAGAGCAUCCACGACGAUUUCUAAAAGCGAAUCAUCGCGGGAGAGACCGCUGCGAAGAAGAGUAAGGCAAAAAGAAUUGGGCAGUAAGCAGAAAUAGAAGGUAAGGCUGCAAAAUAAGUAGAGGAACAGUGGGUAGCACCGAGGCGUACGCUUUUUCUGGCACGCCGGUGCGUCGAGACAACAAAAAGGAGCGUAGCUGUGGUGCAGCGCGUUCCUGGAUAGCACGGGCCGGCCAUACGCGACUAGAUGUAACACUAAUUAACGCCUAGCGUAAGAACUAACGGAUAUAAAUGAAGGAUACAUUGUCUGACAUAAUAACCAGGUGUGAACGCGUAACCGACUCGUAUACGUGUGCGAUGCGUGGGAAACGGAUGAAAGCGAAAGCGAGAGAGUGUGUAUUAUAAUAUACGCGAGCCAAGGAAGAACGAGAGCGAGCGUGAAAGACGAGUAAACGAGAGGAAACGUAGCAGAGAUGAAAAAAAAAACGAAGAAAGAAAAGGGUUGUUCGUUGGACUGACGCGCUAAGGCGUUGGUCGAAUGACGCACUUUAAGAUAAAAAGGGGCGACCGGGGACAAUUCUUCUUGUACCGUUUCUUCUUCCCCUUUCUUCUUCCCGCGCCUCGCGAGGCCACUCGUGACGAAAGAUAAAGAGAAAGGGCGAAAGAUAGGGCUCACCUCGAGGCCACAAUUAAAGCUCUCGCCCCGUCUCCUCUCCCGCAACCCUUUAUUCUCGCGACAACCGGGACCUCCCCUUGCGAGGUGGAAGAAGGAAGUUGUAAUUUCCCGCGCUUGUCCUCGUCGCCCCUUUAUUAUAACGGAGAUAACAAAGGGAAGAGCAAAGACGAAGAUGACGAUGAAGGGUGAUGAUGAUUAUAACGAUGGCGCGAUGAUGAUGAUGACGGUGAAUUAAAUAAAAAAAUGAAAAAACGUCGUCUAAGGUAUACUAACGUCGUAGACAGCAUUGAAUUUUUGUACCAUUGUCUAUAGUAGCUCUUAAGUGUCGCGAAGUUUUCUGUUCUUAAGACGGCCGCCUGUGCAGGCUUGAGUACGUACUUAUGUAUUCUCGGUUUUGUCGAUGGCUCGCGGGGCGGAUGUUGAACUUUAUUAACAUUGAAUGGGGUUUUAAUUGGACCGGGGAUGGUUACUCGAGACGUACAAAUAAUUAUGCAGCGUUUUGUGUUUCUGUGUUUGUGGGGUACUAAGUAGGACAGAUUAAACAUCCUUACAGGGUAGUCGGUAAUUUCAAAAAAUCAUCGAUGUUUCGCCAAGUUUCCACUCUCUACCCUAGCAAGCUUAUAAUUCAGUUUCGUUACUAUAAAUUUUAGGGUAGUAUACGCGUCAAAUCCGCCCCAGCGACGAGCACGUGCCCGUUCCCGAGAGUCGCGGUACGCGAAUAUCGAAAGAUCCUUUUUCGUGUGAUGAUUGACCGUCCUGACAGUUCGUCGAUGUGCUCUUACGCGUAGAUAUUCGAGCUAGUUUAUUCGAUAGUAGGUAAUACGAGUGACAGUGGACGUGAUUACGAUUCCGUCGAAAUCAACGAAACGGGAAUCAGUUUCGCUGCGAACCUAUCGAUCCGAUUAUCCGUAGGAAUGUUCUCGUGAUCGACGGAGGAAACUGGAUCACCGGCUAAACGAUUUCGUCGAAGCAAAAUCGUAUACUACUGCGGCGAGAACUUAUUACCCGCGAAAUAGUGGAUGGUUAUUAUUAACUUCAUGGGAAACGUGUACGUAUGAUUAUUGUGACUUUUAACCCUCUACCGCUUAUCAUUCAUCGAUAGUCGUGACAGAUUUUGCAUUUCUUUAGUUUUUACAUCCCUUACGUGUGUAGGUAGCUUUUCAAACUGUGUGCUCUGUAGAAGAUUGUCAAUCUUUUUAUUUUGAGGUUGUCUGUUUCUUUGACUGUGUAUAUUACAGUACAUUAAAACUAACAAGCAAUACAUUUUUUAUUAAUUGGCGAAUUUUGUUAUCUCAUUGUACGGAAAAUACAUUUUCUUUCAAUGAACAAUAAACAGUAUUUUUUAUUUAAAAAAUAAUGCAUUCGUAAGAUUGUGCGAAAACAGAUAUUGGCUGUAGAGGGUUAGAAAUAAAGGGUAUACAGUCGUCGAUCGAAACCCUCGGGACGGAGAAGAUUUCACCAAUCCCUCGUUAUCGGCGAUAUAUUAAUAAAUGAUUCGUCGUUCCUUCCUUAAUUAUGUAUGUACCACGAACAAAUAGAAUCUCUCGGGACACUUGAAAUUUAAUUAGCAUCAACUGCGUUUCGUUCGUGCGAAGGUACAAAACGAAGACAGUUGAAAUCGACUCGAUAAAAUUCAUACGCGUAGCUAAGAAAGGCUAGGAGGGCAAAAUUUAUCUGAAUUAUUUUCUUCGUUUACUUGUGCGUACAAAAUAUUAGUUGAUAGAAUUGCAGUUUGAUUCUUUUCCUCUUGGGGAAGGGGAGGCAAAAUCGAAUUUUGUUUAUGUAGAGUAUAGCAGGAGACAUUCUUCCUUUAGAAGGCAAGCAACCCUUCUUAACAUCCUAGCUAUGUCCAUGACAAAGUCACUUCGAUUCACUAAGCAAGUUUAAAGAUCAGGUGUCUCGAUACAAAGAAGAAUCGAUGUAUCACGAACGCGUUCAGUUUUUCCGGAACCUCUAACCAUUACGUUUGCAACGCGCGACCGAUCACACGUAGCAAAAUGGGUCUAAUUAAAUCGUUAAACGCGUGCCGUUUGCCAGUUCGAACGUUCGACGAAGCUGACGUCUAAUUAAUCAAUACGCAACGUACAAUCGACGUAAAAAUGAAACAAAGGACGAUUAAGAGGGAAUUGGGAAGACGAGAAUCGGAGAUGGCAGAUGAGAGCGUUUGUCGAGCGCCCGAAUGAGCGAACAUCGAUGGAAAUUUCACAGAGAUAAAAAUUAACAGAUAAAUACGCAAAAAUAAAAAAAAGAUGAAAAAGAAGUCCCUCGAAGCAAGCCUCGUCUCGCAGAUUCCCAGCUGUACACCUUGAAACGCUUUAGGGUAAAUCGGAAUAGACUUUAAAAACGAAUCCGCGAGAUGAUGCC